AUGACACUACACGAGACUAUUCCAAAGACACACCUGGCGGCGGUCUACUCCCCCGACACUGGGCGGACAACGAUCGAGACCAUCCCCACGCCGCAGCAGAAAGACCUGGCGCCAGGACAGGCGCUGGUACGGGUGCUGUACUCUGGCGUCUGCGGCUCAGACAUCAACCUCAACGCCGCGGCGAAGGCAGCGAAGAGGGAGAUGGUGGUCGGACACGAGGGGACGGGCAUUCUAGUGGCACUCAACGACCCGCUUUGUCGUCUCGCGCCGGGCGCAAAGGUGGGCGUCAAGUAUAUCGCCGAUACGUGCAACCAGUGCGACUUCUGUCUCAAGGGGAAUGACAUGCUUUGCCCGGAAAUGAAAGCCCACGGGCGGCAUGUGCCAGGGACCUUCCAGCAGUACGUCAUCGCGUAUACGUCUCAGCUCGCCCCGCUGCCCGACCGCAUGAGCCUGAUCCACGCCGCACCGAUCCUCUGCGGCGGAGUCACAGUGUACAAGGCGUUGCGGGACGGCGGCGUGGAGCCUGGCGACUGGGUAUCUAUCCCUGGCGCAGGUGGCGGCUGUGGCCUCCUGGCGAUCCAGUACGCCAAGUACUUUGGGCUCAACACUAUCGCGGUGGAUACCGGUGGGGACAAGGAGCAUCUAUCAAUGGCCCAAGGAGCCGACAAGUGGGUCGACUUUGAGCUAACGGGCGACGACUUGGUGAAAGAGGUGAAGUCCGCGACGCCAGACGGCUUUGGCCCACAUGCAAGCAUCAUCUGCUCUCCGCGCGGAGAAGCAUAUCCUCCGGCACUUGCCUCGCUCCGCCCGGGAGGAACGGCGGUCCUCGUGGGCCUGCCCGAGGGCUAUGCGCUGCCCGUCGACGUGUGCCUCUCGAUCCGGGAGAAGAAGCAUGUCAAGGCGUGCUUUGUCGGCAACAGGCAGGAGGCGGUCGACGCGCUGCGUAUCGCCGCCACGGGCGCCGUCAGGUGCCCCGUUGCAGUGCGCCCGUUGGGCGACCUGCAGGCGGUGUAUGAUGAGAUGCUGGCUGGCACGCUGUUUGGCCGGGUGGUUAUUGACUUGUGGGCGUAG